AUUUAAUUUCGUUUAUUUUAUUUUUCUCCAUUUUCGUACUAUCAGCUGCAUGUUUGCACCUAAUUAGAAAAAUGUUGAACCGGGGGAAUAUAUUUGCUUGUGCAUUGUUGAUAUUUGUCACAUUAUCGUCCAACGCUGCAGUAACUUUGUCGCCGGUCGAGUGUCCAGGAAAAGAUGUGAACGAAAUACGACAACAAGCUGACCAAUUUGAGAUAUCAUUCCUUUUCUAUCAUGUUACUUGGAGUGAUGACAGCCAAGCAGCUCGCCUAGUGUACAACCACAUUGCAGAAAUUUACCGAGAGAGGAUAUAUUUUGCGGCCAUUGACUGCUUUCAUCUUGCAUGCAACUGCAGCAAAACACAUCCACUAUCUAUUGGCUCGGGGUCUCCAAACAGAUGGCCAACCAUGGUAAUACGUUAUGGUCAUCAUAUUUCUUUGCAGUAUAAUGGAGAAUGGAGUUGUGAAGCUCUUCAACGUUUCAUUAACUCUCUAUUUAUGCCCGUAGAAAGAUUGCAUGCAAAAGAAGAAUUAAAACAGUUGACGAUGCAUAGAGAUGCUGUAGUUUUAGGUAUUUUCGGCGAUGCAUCACAACUAGAGUAUCGAAUGUUUGCAAGUGCUGGAAUAAAAUGGCUUGAAACCGAUCCAGAGUACAGUUUUCGAUUCGCAACAGCAUUUGGUGCGGCAGCGGACGAUAUUUUGCCUAGGGGGAACAAUACGAAUCAGCUUAAUCCUCAACUGUUACUUAUAACCAGCAAAGGAAUAGAUGUAGCGCCUUCCGAGUGGAACGUUAGCAAUAUUGUUUUAUGGUUGCAAACAGAAUUUGUACGAUCACUGAGUAUUUUGUACAGUUAUAAUUCACCAAAAAGCCUAACACUACAUUUACACUUAUCGCCAGUAUUGGCUAUAAUUGCAAAUGAUUAUUUCUACGAAUAUAUGUAUAAUCUAACGAACCCCGAAGUUUCUGUAAAUAAGAUCAGCUCUACAAACUCUUUGCGCCGAAAACUUGUUCAAGCUCAAGAGGUUCGAUAUGUGCAAUACACAUUAGAGAAAAAGGAACUAUUAAAUCCGUUAACCUGUCUCGCUAAAGAGUACGCCAGUUACUGGAAUUUUCGGUAUUACUACGCUUUAAACAACUAUCUUAAAAAGAUUGUAUGUGGUUUAGGGCGGAAUUGCUAUGGGCAAGACUUGGCCUCAGUAGCCAACGCGCAUGAAUUGUGUUUAAGUAAAACUCAGAAUGGUUCGCCUACUAGCAAAAUUGCGGCUGCAAAAUAUUUGAAGAAAUUUGUUGAAAACAAUUGGCAUGAAUUCAAAUCUGAACAAAACCAGUCAUUAUCCGUUGUUAUUUUGGAUAACGCGAGACAUUUGGACUUUUUGCAUACCCAAGGAAUUCCGCAUGCAGAUGUAAAUUCCGUUGUAACACUGAUGAUCGCAGACCGAUUAAAGGAGAGUGUUUUCGUGACCCAAGAUAUGUUCACAUACGAUGCAUUGCGGCAGUUUGUUCGAAACUAUUACAGUAAAAAUCUGGUGGCACAUAAAAGAAAUAGUCCCUUCAAUACAAAACAUACUUCGUCACGCACCAAGAUUUUUCUUGAAAAUGUAAAUAACGAAAUGCUUCUUAAAAUAAUCGAACUAAGCAAUUUAACAACCAUUGCAUUAUUCUAUUCUCCACAAUGUGUGUUUUCGACACUCGCCUCUCAAGCACUUAUACAAUUGUCAGCUACAUUGGACGACUCGUCAGGAAUUCAAAUAAUUCGAAUAAAUACCCAGUAUAAUGAUUUACCGUGGGAGUUUAAAAUACCAUCCACGCCCACGCUGAUUGUUUUUCCCCGUGGACGUGCGUCCGAUUCUCGAGUAUUUCCCAAUCGAUUGAAAAUCAAUGUGCGUAAUGUCUUUAGCUUUGUUUUAGCUCAAAUGGAAACAGUGGAUCAAUUGAAAGCAUUACUAAGCUGUUGUAGGCGACGCAAAUUGCAUUCGCUUCAUAUGCGAAAAUGUUACCAGUACGUAAGGGCAUUGGCUACCAAACAUAUCUCACGGAACAUGGAACUGCGAAAGAUUGCUGAAACUCAUCACAUAAAGAAGCAAAUGGAAGAAUGGAAUGUUGUGAAAUUGGAAUUAAAAGCAAUUUUCCCCCUCUAUUAAAAAAAUACGUAUAUGUAUAUUUUUUAUUUGAUAUCAGAUGUUGUGAUGUGUACAAAACUAAGCUAACGGAUAUAGCAUAUAGUGGAUCGGAAUAGGGAGAUCUCGACACUUAAAUUUUUGAUUCUGUAGUUUCGUGUAAUUUUUAAUCAGAUUUCAAUAGAAAAUGAUCUCGUGAUCGAAAAAGUAGUAAAAAGGUGCAGUUAA